AUGAGUAUUAUAAUUGGACCUGCGAUAGCUGUUACAACAACAUUCUUGGUUUUAAUAGUUGUUUUAUCAUCAUUUAUCGGACUAGAGAAAUUUGAGGUACCCAUUACGGCAAAUUCUACAUUAACUGGAUAUCCAACAUGGCAUAUUAAUGUUCCAGGUCUCGAUGUGAAUCGUUACAAUACAACAUUGUUAUUUUCUAACACGAUAUGCUUUUUUGCUAGUGUCCUUGGUUUUUAUUGGGCAUUUUAUCAACCUCAAGAUAAACGUCUCAUCUCUCAUUUUUACAAAAAUGAUACUGUUACCACAUCCACCCCAUGUAUUCAUUAUGGUGGAAAUAUUACUGCGAUUAAGUAUUGGGUAUGGGUAUUAAGAUAUUUUAUGUUAGUGAUAAUUGGAUGCGUAUGGUUGGAUUGGCCUUAUGAUGCACUUUGGUAUCAAAUACAAGCCCUAAGCAUAGAGGCGGCACUCGUAAUAACAUUCUAUCGCUUGUACUUCUCCACACACAAAAAUCUUCAUGAACAUGAGAAUCUUCCUCUAAAUACUGAUAAUGACAACCCAGACACACCAGAAGAACCUAUUCCACAAGAAUCUAACAGUGAAUAUCCUUACCCCCUAAGUUUCUUUCCUCAACCAAAACAACUUUUUGGUCUGAUUUUCGCUUCAAAAGUUCAUCUUUUGGGUGAUGCUAUAGUUUUAAUAUUUUUAAAUCAUCCCAAUGCGUAA